AACGGACAGCCCGGUUGCGAAGAGAGUCUAGAUGCUUUUAAGGCUAUAACCGGGGGUUUACUUGCAUUUGGCAAUCGUAUGGCGUGUUCACACAUGAGGGCCACUGAACUGCCAAUCGCUGAACGCUUAUUAAGAGACAAUACAAAUCACACGCCAGAGCAGGAAGAGUGCCAAUGGGUUGGCUAUCAAUGCAAGAGUUAUAUAAACUUUCAGGAGGGCUUGUGCUCGGAUUGCGGCAAUGAUGGUAAAAAGUGCAAACUUAUUGAGUAUUUGCCCGAGUUUUGGCUUAAACCCGACAAUUUGGUUGACGUACAGCAAAAUUACCCCCAAAAUCUAUAUAUGCUAACCUCUGGCACACCUCCCUAUUGUGUAUUUCACUAUAUGAUCGAGUUGAAAAUGGACGACACCGUCAAAUAUGAGGGUAAAAUUGAGUUUAAACUGAAUGGCACACAAACGGUGACAUUUAAAAGAAAAUUUUACGCCUAUCCCAACACAACCACAUAUAACUUCUUGUACACCAGUCAACAACAUUUGGGACAAAUCACUGAAAUUGAUAUCCAAUACGAAACAACACUUAUCGGUGAUUUAGUUAAGGCUUCGCAGAUAUUAAAUCCGUUUACAUUUCUCAAUGAGAUCAAGAAAGAAGACAUCAAUAUCUCAAACAUUUCUGUCAUUUUCAUGAGUAAUAUCGAUAAAAGCGUUCGAGACGGCUAUUCAUCACAUCUGGUGCCAAACCCAAGCAAAAAGUCUGAAGGAGGCCUUACGAGAAUCGAUGCAUUCUUCGAGACCACAGAUUGUCUGAAGAGGCACUGUUACAAAGACGUGGGCUGUUUCCAGAGCGGGGCGUUCAUACGAGAUAUGGGCAAAUACGUGCCACACGCCCGGCCCAUCAUCAACGCCAUGAAGGACAACAAGUUCCGUGUCGUGAACAACGAGUUCAUGAUAUGCCCCGUGAAUCCGGAACACGCGGACGUCGAGUUUAUCAUGUUCACACCCGAAGCGGUCAACAAUAGUAUUAAGUUCACAUACAAUCCCAGCAAUCAAUCGCUGUUGGGCUCAUCAUUUUCGCCCGACAGGAAGACACUAUUCCUGGUCCACGGCUUUAUCGACGGGUAUAAGGGUUGCGAUGAUUACGGCAGUUGUCACUGGAUGUCUAGAAUAAAGGACUACUUUGUGCGAUACAACUACAACGUGGUGGCCAUAGACUGGCAUAAAGUGGGCGUUUCGGCCAACUAUAUGUACUCGGCGUACAACGUGCGAGUCGUGGGCGCAAUGGUUGCCAAUUUUAUCCGCCGAAUCAAAGCCGUGUAUAAUUACCCGCUCAGCAAAGUUGAAGUGAUGGGUCACAGUCUGGGCGGACAAAUGGUUGGCUUUGUGGGCAAACAAUUCCCGGGGCCCGAGAAGAUCGGUCUAAUCAUGUCGCUGGAUCCGGCCGGACCCGGCUAUGACAAAGUCAGUAUCGAACCGACCGACGCCGACUUUGUGGUCGCCGUACACACCAGUACCGGCUUUUUUAAAUCAGUUAACGUUAACAGUCUAUUCGAGGUGAACCCAUUAGAGUCGGUCCAGUUUUCCGGUGUGACGGGCACUGAGAGAAGUGUCGGACACUUAGAUUUCUGGGUAAACGGAGGUAAUGGACAGCCGGGCUGUGAGAAGACCACUGCCAGCUUUUUCCACGAUAUGUUAUUUACCGGAUUAAUGGGUGCGGGCAACCGAGUUGCAUGUUCCCACAUGAGGGCCACUGAGUUGCCCAGCGCUGAGGGCAUAGCCAAAGCUGAACACACGCGGUGCCAAUCGGUGGGCUACGAGUGCAACAGUUACCUAGACUUUCAAAUGGGCAAAUGCGGCGACUGUGGCGUUGACGGCGGACGGUGUAAACUACUUGAAUAUAUGCCCAGCGAGUGGCUGCUCGAUGAUAACAGGGCCAAAACGAUGGACAAAUACCCGACCAACUUAUACUUCCUGACCGACGCCACCGCUCCCUACUGUGUAUUUCACUACCAGAUUGUGUUGGACAUGGCCAAACUCAAAUACGACGGCACACUGUCGGUGACACUGCGGGGCCGUAAGACAAUACAUUUCACAAUCAAUAAGCCGCUGGCAUUCCAGGGUAGGGACCGAUUCACGUAUCUGUACACAGAUGUGAAUCACCUUGGUCGAAUCACGUCGGCCACCAUCAACUUCCGGAAGACAGCGUUGGGCACAUUCAUCAAGGGCACAGUUGUGCUCAAUCCGUUCACAUCGGUGUUGGGUAUAAUGAAACCCGACAUCGAUAUCAAAGCAGUGAACGUAAAUUUUAUGAGUAAUAUAGACCCGGAGUAUUGUACGAAAAACAUAUUCAUCGGAACUAUUGCUGACCAAUUCGGACCCAAUGACCGAUACAUUUGA